GGUUCAUCCGCCACUUUUGUUGCUUCUUUCCCAGAUUGAUAAGCCAUCCAUUUCUUACCUAUGAUGUGAUUGUGUAAAACUCGCGACACUCCUCAAUCUCCAUAAUCAAACUCCUUCAAACACCAAUAUACGAGAAACGAAACCCGACUUCUUCAAAAUGUCCAUGGAUAGUGUGAAGCACGUAAUACUGGUUCUCUCCGGCAAAGGCGGCGUUGGAAAAUCCUCAGUAACCGUUCAACUCGCUCUCUCCCUCGCACGUGCCGGCCAUAAAGUCGGAGUUCUCGAUGUCGACCUGACGGGUCCCAACAUCCCACGGAUGUUCAACGUCGAGGGCGAAAAGGUCACGCAGGGAGCGCACGGAUGGGUCCCGGUUCCUGUGGGCGGGAAGGCUGAGGAGGGGAAAGGCUCGAUAUGCUGUAUGAGUCUGGGGUUCCUACUGCGUGAUCGUGGUGAUAGUGUUGUCUGGAGGGGUCCCAAAAAGACGGCCAUGGUUAGGCAGUUUAUGACGGAUGUCAUUUGGGGGGAGCUGGACUAUCUUCUGAUUGAUACGCCGCCGGGCACGAGCGAUGAACACAUUUCCCUAGCGGAGCAAAUGCGCACCGUAAAUCCCGACGGUGCUGUUAUCGUCACUACGCCCCAAGCCGUUGCCACCGCGGACGUACGCAAGGAGAUCAAUUUUUGCAAGAAAGUCGGUCUGGAAAUCCUAGGUGUGGUCGAGAACAUGAGUGGAUUCGUAUGCCCGCAUUGCAGCGAGUGCACGAACGUGUUUUCGUCUGGAGGAGGAAAGACUAUGGCGGAGCAGUUCUCGGUGGAGUUCUUUGGCGCCGUGCCGAUUGACCCGUCAUUCAACCUCAUGAUCGAAAGUCAGUCAUCGGGAGAAGGGAGGAAGACGCCGCUGGUGGAGCAGUAUGGAAAGUCAAAGUUGUGCCCGAUAUUCAAGGAAAUCACGGAUGGGCUUGUAGCGAAGGUCAACCCGUAGUUACAAAGAUGGUGGCUUGAUGUUAGACGGGCAUGAGCUGGGGCGUACGGUGUUUGGAAUUUGGAUUGUCAUGUUUACUAUGUGGGGAAGUAGAGAUACCUUUUCCAUAUGCGCA